CCAGCGGUGUGUGCUGUUUACCAGUCUGAUCCUGAGUUGUUGGGCUUAAAAAUGCGUUUUCGACACGGCCAAGGAGUAUACGCUCCGUGUACUGAUGAGGCGGUCAUCUGGGAGCUGAAGAAAGGACCAGGCCGCUUGAAACGCAAAGCUGAAUUUUCGAUAGUGAUUCCAAAAGACGAACCAGCUUCGCCUGAUAGACUGAUGGAGCGUAUGACGGUUUCCCCCGGACCUCCCCCGAGCCCAGAUUCUGAAGGAGCUAUGUCUUCAAUCAAUGAAUUCACGGAUCUGAGAAACCUGGAUCCUCGACCUCCGUAUUCAGAAUGUGAUGGAUUGGCGAAAUUAGGGACUAUUUGCGGGGACGCGAAGCACGCAAGCCAAAUGAGAAGAAAUCUUAGGGGGUUCGAAUCAUGCGACUCAAGGACGCACUUGCUGGACUUCCGGAUGUGUGAAUUGAAUCGGAGGCUCUUGGCAAUGAAUAAGUGGUGCGAUCUAGCUCAAUGGCAAGCGUUCACGGAUGAUUUUUUCGAGCCGAACGGAUUCUUUUCGUUCUCCUUCUGUCUCGAGGACGGAGUAACUCGUGCAAGGAUCGGAAGAGCUCUCAUACCGCGGUUCUUCAUGACUUACUUCGAGAGCGUCAUCGAACCCCAGUUCAACUUGAACCAGCUCAAGUUGAUAUCCGUGAACAACCACGCGCAUUCGGCGGUUUUCGACUGCCCAUGCGGUAACUUGUCAACUUUAAUGCCUCUGGGUCACCCGAGCGCUUCAGGUACCCCAGGAGAGCCGCCAAAUCGUGAAUUCGUCGCCAUGGUCCGGAUGGACGGUCGUUUCCUCGUCGAAAUAGGAAUGCUCUCUCAAAGAUUCAAGAGCAUCAGUUUCGUGGUCCACACGCAUCGAGAACACGUUCCCCGUCAUGUGGCGCGGCAUUCUGGACCGAUGACCAGUCUGACUCGGGGCGGCUUCCCGACACCCGUGGUGAAUUUUCUUCGUAUGUGCAAUACGUUGGGCCCGAUGCAAGAGUUGAUGAUGCGACAGAAGCAGACAAACUUGUCUCCGCAAGAAACUCUGAGGACCGCGGUUUUUGACAGGUUCCAACAGAUCUCAAAUCAAGCCCAACGCCCGCCCAACGGAAGACCGAGCCCUCCUGUCUUGGACGUGAAACCCGCAAUCGAUCGAAUCACUGAAGCGGAAUUUCAAAAACCAGUAGUGAAGCAGAGGCGACGACGGAAACAGGCGGAGAACUCCGCCACUGUCCCAGCGAAGAAGGUCAACCGGAAAGGAGUUCAACAGCCGCCUGCCUACGAUGCGUAUCAUGCAGGACGUUCUCACCCAAUGGACGACCCGGGAAUGAUGAUGGUUGGCUCGCCAGUGAUAAUGGGAUCGACUAUCAAGAUAGAAGAGGAGCGCAUGAUAUGCAAGCUCGAAAACAGCCCUAUCUACCCUGAGGAGGCAUUUGCAACAGAGUUCAACCCGCGAGGAUGCAGCCCGCCGAUACAGAGGUUCUAGCAGCAUACUCAAGGUGUCAUAUUUAAUUUGAAUCCCAAGUCGAAACUCAAGAAACUAGUUCUCGCUUUGGAAUACGAAUGUUCAGGGAGUGGGAGCACGUAAACAGGCAGACGAGCUGAAACCUUCAGCAUCCAGCUGCAUCUCCCAAGCUGUACAGUCUGUGGGGAGAGGAUUUCCCGACUUGUGUUUAUAAUGUAAAUAUUCAGAUCUACCCCGGUCAGUACAUGAUACGAGCAGACCG